AUGUUUAACGAAUCGUUGGAGCCAACCUAUACAAUUGGUGGCUUGGACAUUAGGAAUACACAGAAAAGCAAGGACGAGCAGACCUUAUUCAAAUCUACGUUUACGAAUACAACUGAACGGGAGCAAGAAUAUUCCUUCAAAACGGAGCGUUCAACUCGUAGCUCAGCCACUGUGAUUGUUGGUAACACACCGUGCGAAGUGGUUGAAGCGAAUGCUGGCUUCCGAAACGAAUUAUCGGUGAUCCAUAUCGGUGAGAAUACUGUUGAGGAGGAGCUCGUUUGGGGAGUCGAUAGUACUGUACGGGUACCACCACUCUGUGAAACUGUUGCCGAACUUGUCAUCCUCGAGGACCAUCAAAUUCGGAGAUUUUCGAUCGAAAGCCGUCUUUCCGGUCGGAUUAUUGUGACAGUGACAAACCUCAAAGACAAUAACAGUUUAGUAACGAUAAUAGAGGGCAAAAUCUCCGACAUAAUACGAGGUCUGGCCAAUUAUCCAGCACUUGGUUUCACCGUCCAAAAUGAUGUCGUUUCGUACACAACAAAGGGAAUCUGCAAAUUUAAAUACGGUGUGGAACAAAAAGUAAAAAUCACGGAACAUGCUGUACGGAAAUACUGA